UACUCUCCUCCCCUACACACUGUAGCACGUGAGCCUCGUUCGUGUGUACAACAUGGCAAAGAGACGCUGUGUUCUUAGUUGUGAAACCAAGUCCGUCUUAUUUUCACUUCCAAAGACAGAACUUCUGAGGAAACAAUGGUUAAAAUUAAUUUUUACAACGACACCAAAGGAGUAUAACCCCAGCCUUUUACUGUGUGCGCGUCAUUUCACCGAAGAUUGCUUCAUUAAUCUUGGCGCGUUCACUGCGGGAUACAUUAAACGUUUAUCUUUGAAAGAUGGGGCAGUGCCAACUUUAUUUGGACGUGUUACCUCGACCGAAUCACAACAUAGUACAUCACAGCAGACCAUUGGGUCACAGCCAGUUUCAAUUCUAGGCAAACCAACUGAAGUGGCUUGUCAGACUGACUCCCCACAAACAGUCUCGGUGGUAACCCAAACAUAUGAUUUGGCAAAAACAUCAGUUGGCACACAACUGUCCAUCAGGACACUGAGAAAAACACACAGUCGGAGCAAAGCCUCGCAGGCAACGGCUACUUGUGUGAGUGUUGGCACAGUAACCGCAUCAAUGUCCUAUGACAUGCCAUUCUCAACAACGCCUGUAAAGGCGACUGAUUACAGACCACACAAAAGACCUCGACUGAUGUUGGAGGAGGAGGAGGAGGAGAUGGAGGAGAUGGAGGAGGAGGAGGAGGAUGAGGAGGAAUCAGAAGCACAAUUUCAGACAGAACCUCAUUACUCAACUUUUAACCCAGGAGAAUCUACUGUUACAGAGGAAUCUGAACUGUCGUCUGUGGCUCAAAGUUCCAUAUAUGGGGGCUCUAAAUAUAUUGUUUUUGAGUCAUGUCUCCGUGAGCUGUUUGACACGUGUCCAAUUUGCAGAGCAAAAUCGGAUGUGCAGCAACACCGGUUUGGCACAUAUGUGGCAUUCAUUCAGCUUUGCCCCAAGUGUACAUACAACCGGAAAUGGCAGAGUCAGCCUUUAGUCGGAAGUACACCCAUCGGAAAUCUCCUGUUAUCUGCUGCUACGUAUUUUACUGGAGGAUCAUUUUUCCAGAUACAAAAAAUUUGCAAGGCCAUGGAGUUACAAAUUUUCCAAUAUGAUACAUUCUGGAGACAUUGCAGAAGCUUCUUGGAGCCAGCAGUUGUGCACAAAUGGAGAAGUGAACAGCAAAAAAUGUUCCAUAAGUUACAACAGGGGGGAACAAUUGCUGUAGCUGGAGAUAUGCGUGCAGACUCGCCAGGCCACUCAGCAAAAUAUGGAAGCUACUCUGUUAUGCACAUGGACAGCAAUACUAUAUUGGACCUUCAGCUUGUUCAGCGCAAUGAAGUUGGAGGAAGUUCUCAUAUGGAGAAAGAUGGGCUAAAGAGAUGUCUGGAUCUGCUAGAGAGUAACGGUUUUUCAGUGGACUACAUAGUCACUGACCGCCACCCACAGAUCCAGUAAUAUCUAAGGGACCGCAGCAUAACUCAAUUCUACGAUGUGUGGCACUUUGAAAAAGGUUUGUCAAAGAAGUUGGACAAACUGACCAAAAACAAAGAUUGUGAGGUGUUGAAGAAGUGGCUGCACAGCAUCCGGAAUCAUGUUUACUGGUGUGCAACUUCUUCUACGUCAGGACCAGAGAAGGUUGCAAAAUGGACGUCGCUUGUCAACCACCUACAGAACGUUCACAUACAUGACAAUUCCAUCUUUCCGAGGUGUGCACAUCCUGUUCGUGUAUCCAGGGACCCCAAGAAAUGGUUUCAACCAGGGUCGCUAGCACUCCACAAGGUUGAGAAAGUCCUAUGCAACCAGAGGGUUCUCAAGGGCGUGGAGAAGCUAAGUCACCAUUUCCAAACAUCAUCCCUGGAUGCAUUCCAUAGCUUGAUUCUGCGAUUCACACCCAAAAAUGUGUCUUUUCCUUUCAUGGGAAUGUUGUGCAGACAGUACCUUGCUGUGCUACAUUACAAUGAGAAUGCAAACCGAAAACAAGCCACUACAUCGGCAGGACAGCCAAUGUACAGAAAUGAGCUCCCAAAAUCCAACAAAGGAGAAUUCAUAGCACGGCCAAUAAAAACAGAACCAACAUACAAUUAUGUCAAAGAGCUACUGAGUCUUGUCUUCGAGGAGGUGAUACUGGACCCCACUCCAUUUGUUGAGGAAUUGAUGACCAUUCCUGUUCCCACAACCCUUUGUGCAGGUUUUGACAGACCGUCAAAGGAGGAAGCAAUUGCCCGCCAUGUUUCCAGAUUCACUCGAGGUGGUCGAAAGUCAACAUACAGACCAGCCUGAUCUGGAAACUCCUGGCGUAUCCGGGCUACAACACAGGACGGAAUGACAACUCGGACAUUCCGACCUAGGUAGCCCCAGCUCAAAAAGCUCCAAUACGGAUGGCGGAAUUGCCUAUAAUUCAAAGACAUAGUAUUUCAUAUUUGUGAAUAAAUGUGUUUUCUGUAUGUUUGAAUAAGUACUCUUCUUUCGGCUAUAAAUAUUGUUUGAUCACUACUAGGGAUGCACCGAAUGUUUGGCAACUGAAAAUAGUGAAAACAGCAUGUUCGGUCGGUGUUUGCCCGAAUAAGUGAAAUGGCUGAAUCAAUUUUACCGAACAUGAUCUGUGAUAUAAUCAAGCAGCAACCAGCGCAGGGAGAGAGAGAGAGAGAGAGAGAGAGAGAGAGAGAGAGUAAUUUUCUUAAUGAAAGCGUCUUUACCGGUUGGUAACUUUAAUUUGUGUACUUCAGACUGGAGCGGGCAGUUUGACAGUAGCCCCACUGCUCCAGAUAUCCUUUGACAUAUGGUGGUCGCUUGCACACAGUUCCCUGUACUUUAUGGAAGGUCAGAAGAGCCAAAACGUGUGAAACCAAUGUGUUAACACGCAAUUAACGCGUAGUUUAAAAUGACUUGUUAAACCGCAAAUUAUGUGUUAACACGUGGUUUUGUGCAUGCACAUUGGACCACGGAGCUUUACUACCACCUACUGGCGUGGCGUUAUUGCUUUAAACAAAAUAAAGCAAGAGACUAGGCUUGUAAAUUGCAAGAUUUGAUCUAAAAUAUAUUGUGAACAAUGUAUUUUGAGGGCAUAAGUAGUCUACAACUAGAAUGAUUACAACAUAAUUAAAAAUCAAGUAUUGCUUAAAUGGACCUAUUAAAUGUUGAAAGGCCAUAUUCAGAAUAUCAGGCUAAUGAAGUGUAAGUUUAUUUUUAUCUUUCUCUAAACAUUUUCAUAUACUCUUGCAUAAUUCUAUAGCCAUGUUUGUUUAGAAAAGAAGUAAACAUAAAAAGUAUGUCAAACCUUAUGGAUCAAUAUUUCUUAGUGAGCCCCUUUGAUAACACUUAUAAAGAUGAGAUUGCAUUGUUCUGCAAAUUUUUUCAAGGUUCAGUGCAUUCAGUAAUAUAAUUCAAUAUAAUGCCUUAUCAUCAGACACACUCAAGAUUUGUGAAACCUUUUUUCAAAUGUAAUCACAUUAAAUAAACGUGUAUUAUU